AUGGAGGAGACAAUCAGAAAUUCACAUCAAGCUCAUGCUCUUUUUGUUCUACCUGAAAACAACAAACCAGUUAAAGAACCAACAAUUCAAUUAACUAAUGAGCAAAUUGAAUUUUUUAACACAAACGGUUUUUUAAGUAUUGACCAUUUCAUUGAUGACGAUGAAAUAACUUAUAUUCGUGAUCAAUACGAUAAAUGGUUUGCUGCUAAAAUCGGCCGGGAACAUGGCAAUUUUUUUGAUUUACUCUCCGAAGAUACCGAUGACAAAGAAGCAGUUGCGCCACAACUUUUAUGGCCAUCAAUUUAUGGCAAAAACAUGACAGGAUUCGAUUUAUAUAAUACUCAAAUGUAUGCAAAUGCUUAUGCUGUCAGCAAAACUCUACUUGGUGAUGGUACAAAAUUUAAAGGAGAUCAUGCUAUCAUGAAACCUCCAACAUCUAAUUCGCUUCCGACUCCAUGGCAUCAAGACGAAGCUUAUUGGGAUCCAACAUUAGCCUAUGAAUCGCUUGGCGUGUGGGUUGCUCUACAACCCGUGUCAAUCGAAAAUGGUUGUAUGCAGUUUAUACCUGGUUCUCAUCGUCUAUCGGAUGUACUUUCUCAUCACACUCAAAAUAACAAUCCACGUAUUCACGGACUUGAAGUUGAUAAUCCAAAUGAAUAUGUAGAAAACAUCAGUUCAUGUCCUCUCCCAAGCGGUGGUGCUACAUUUCAUCAUUGCCGUACGCUACACUAUACUGGUCCUAAUCAAUCAAAUGAGCCGCGUCGUGCUUAUAUAUUACAAUUUCAAUGCGAUACAAAAAAACGUGAUCAACCACGGCCGAACGUUUGGAAUGAAAUGAAAAUCACUGAACGUGAAAGACGAGCAAAGGAAAGUGGUUGGAAUCUCCGAGCACCUUGA